GGGCGGCGGGGAGGUUAGACGUCCUCUGGCAGCGGCCCCGGCAUGCGCAGCACCGCCGCGCCGAGCCCCCGCUAUAAAGGGCGCCGGAGCCGGAGCCCGGGCGAGGCGCGGCGAGCAGGGGCUGCUCCGGCUCCCGGCUCCCGGCACCCGCUGCCAGCGGCAAUGGGGAGGCAGAGCUGCUCGCUCGUCCUUGCCGUGGCCCUGCUGAGCCUCAGCACCACUUCAGCGAGGAAGUGCGAGCUGCAGGGCCUGUGGAAGAACGAGCUGGGCUCCAACAUGACCCUCUCGGCCCUCGAUGCGGCCGGGGCCUUCACCGGCUCCUACCACACCGCGGUGGCGGCCACCAACAAGCGGAUCGUGGUGUCACCCCUGAAAGGGGCCCAGCAGCACCCCAGCACCAAGGGGAAGGUCACCUUCGGCUUCACUGUGCAGUGGCAGUUUGCAGACUCCAUCACCGUCUUUGUGGGCCAGUGCUUCGUGGACCGGCAGGGGAAGGAGACGCUGGAGACCACGUGGCUCCUGCGGGAGGAGGUGCCAUCGCGCAGGGACAGCUGGAAAGCCACCAGGAUCGGCACCAACAUCUUCACCCGGAUCAAGUGACACAGUGAGGCAACGGAGCCAGCUGCACCCCCUGCUCUCGCCUGCGUCGCUCCUCCUCCUCCACCAGCCCGGCACUGUCCCUGGCAGGGAAGCACCACCGCUUUGCUCUCCACCCUGCCCCAGUGCCCUGUGCCCGCCGGCUCACGGGCCCUGCCAGCACUCAAUAAAGCCGUCUCAGCAUGGAUGCAA